AUGAAUGCACAGAAGGCACGCGUUGCAUGUAUGUCAAAUAAGUUUAAAAACAUAAGAGAAAUAGGUGAAGAUACAUAUCAAGUGAUGCUUAAAGAUAGAUUUUAUAGAUGUGAUACAUGUUUACAAGAGGCAUUCUUCACUUUAGAUAAUGCUAAAUACUGGUAUUUGGUUUUCAUUUAUGAUUUUAUGUAUAAAUGCAUGAAUGUUAAUCGUUUUCAUUUCAUUGAAGGUGAUACUGAUUCAUCUUAUUGGGCAAUUGCUGGCGAUCCAAAUCUUCCUAACACUCAAGCAUUUCAAGCAAUUGUUACCGAUAAACAAUUUUAUGAUAAAAACAUUUUCAAAUUCGCACCUUUUGAUUUCUUCUGUUUUGAUGAGAAAUUUAAACCUAAAUUAAAGAAUAAAGCUGAAGAAAAAGCACAUGAAAAAUUAUUGGGUUUAGCAAUUGAGAAACAAGGUGAUAACAUGGUUGCUUUAUGCCCUAAGUGUUAUACAUCAUUCAACGGUUCAAUUGAUGGAAGUGAUUUUAAAAAGAUUGCACAAAAAAUGAAAGGUGUUAGUUUACGACAAAAUAAACAAUUAACACCUAAAAAUUAUUUGGAUAUAAUAAAUGAUAAAGUGAUAUUUGAUGGUCAGAAUAUUAAUUUACAACUUAAAAACGGGUCAAUGACUCGCUUAACAAUCGGUAAGACUGCAUUAACAGGAGCACACACUAAGGCUGUAUGUUGUGAAAAUGGAUGUUGUAUGCCAUUUAUUUAA